GGGCCUGUUUAAAACAGGAAACGGGUAGUUAUUGACAACAGUGUAUGUCCACUAGCAAAAUCUGUUCUGUCUUUAUUUAAAUAUAUAUUGUUGAACGAUCCGGUAACAUUGGGUUGUUAUGCGUUGUAUAAGAAGAAUGUCAUGAAGUUGUUCGACACAAGGACGAGGCACUGUACAGCAAAUAGGAAAUGACAGAAUAAAUGUUUGUUAGGUGGCUAAAGUUAGCAAAGUUAGCAUAUGCGGCGUUCUCUUCUAGUUGCAUCGUUUGGCAUAACAUUGUGUUUCUUCAGCAGCUAAAACAGCCUUGCAAUGUCGUUCAAAGACAGUGACAACGACAGCCGGGUCCUUGGUUUACAGGAGCAAGUGAAGAGUUUAUCAGACGAGUUGAUGCAAUGUCAGGCAGACAAAGAGUUUGUGUGGUCCCUAUGGAAACGCCUGCAAGUGGCAAAUCCGGACUUGACCCAGGCUGUCAGUUUGGUGGUUGAGCGUGAGAAACACAAAGCUGAGAUUAAGGAUCGAAAGGUGUUGGAGAUUCUACAGAUCAAGGACCACAGAAUACAGGAGCUGGAGCAGAGAAUGAAACAGCAGCAGGAAGAGAUAAACAGCUUUCUGCAAAAGAAGAUGGCAGUAAGUGAGGACAGUUCAACAAUGCAGGACCUGACAGCUCUGCGUGUGCAACUGGCAGAGAAGGAUCAUCAACUUAUGGAGUGUAGGAAGAAAGAAGAGGAUGAGCGACAGGCAUUGCAGGCUAUGAGGAAGGAAAUAGAGGGAUUAACCUCCCGCUGUGCCACCCUGCAAGCUGACCUAGGGGAGAACGAGAGACAGGCCAAAAGCCAAAGAGACCAGAAGGAUUCUGCACAGCUUAAAGUCAAGGAGCUGGAGGAGGAGCUACGUAAAGCUGGAGUGGAGCUGUUUAACCUGCAGAGAUACAGUAGUAGUCUGGAAGGUCAACUUUCUUCCAAAGAGAAGGAGGUGGCAACAGCAGAGAGACGGCUCACUCAACUGGGUCAUGAGUUUGCAGAAGUGCAGAAGCUCUACAAGCAGAGCACUGAGCACGCAGCAGAACAGAGUCAACUGAUCAGGCAACUGGAAGGACUUAACCUGGACACACAGAGAGUCCUGAGGAACACGGAGGAGGCACAUACCGCUGACACCACUUCCUAUCAGAAGCUGUACACCGAGUUGAGCCAGUGCUACCAGUCCCUCAUUUCUAGUGAGGCCAGCCUCCGUCAGAGACAUCAGGAACUGGGUGUCCAGCUGGCAGAAAGGGACCAACACAUUCUUCAACUCCAGGCCCAGCUUCAACAGACACAGCAGGAGCAAAAGGAGCAACCGGUGCAGGAAACAACCCGAUGUUCAUCAAGAAAUAGACAAACCAACUUGAAAGGUGCACCUGUGCAACGGUCCAGGUCUCUGUCCCCAGCCAGCAGUGCGGAAUUAGAUAGUGGGAGGAAAAAGGAAGCAGCGCAGAGGAUUCAAGACCUGGAAGAGCUGCUGCAACUGAAGACGGUGGAGAACGAAGAGCUGAGGAGGGCUCAUGAUAAACGACGUGAACGCCUGUGUCUGAUUCACAGCAACUACAAAGUUGUAAGAGACCAGAUUAAAGAACUGGAAAAAUCAUCUGGCAGACCAGGUGGCAGGACACAGCGGGCCGAGCCCUGGCAACUCAGACAAGAGAACAGCGAUGCUGUGUGGAAUGAACUGGCCUAUUUGAAAAAUCUCACCAGAAAACUCUCCAUUGAAAAAACUGUUUUGGAGGAGCAGAUGGACAUUUUGCGAGUACAGGCAGCCAUGGACCGAGCAACAGUAAAGGAGCUGCGCACAUUUCUACACGAUGAGCACCAAGAAUUGGUUCACAAUGUGCUGGAGGAACCCCAGGUCAGAAUGAGCACUCCGAAAAAGCUUUCUGUUUCUUCAGAGCAAAUGGAACCGACUUUUAAAAAGAUUCAACAGAUGGAGUGGAGAAUUAUGUCCAUAAACAGGGAGACAGAGAGGCUGAGGGAGGAAAAAGAACAUCUACUGGAGGACAACAAAGAAUUGGCCCAUAACUGCCGCAAACUCCAAGCCUCCCUGGAUUCCUUGCGUAGCAAGGAAGCUGUUUGUGAAGAAAUGGUCCAGGCAAAGGCCCUGGCUGAACAGGAGCAACACUGCAAGGAAAUCAUGGCACUGGAAUCCCAGCUGAUUGCUUCCCGCAAAGAUGUUACCAAACUUCAUAAGCAGCUGCUGAAGCUAAGACAGGACCUGGGGAUUCUCAGAGCAGCCCGGGACUUCUAUAGGCACCGCAAAGUGGGACCAUCGCAGCCGGACGGAAUUGUAAGCAAUAUUAGUACCAAGGUUAAAUUCAAAACAACAAGGCUCAGAGGUCCCCGCCACAAUCGUAGCCACCGAGCAGUCAGCCCCAAUCAAGUUAUUAACUGGCAAGGCCGCAGCCCCAGUCCCACUAAGGACGAGUGGGAGGACAUGAGUGUAGAGAGUGACAUUGGUGAGGAGUUCUCUGACAGUCUCAACACUGUCUCCUCAGAAAGGCCACUUCAGAGACGACGAGCUGAAAGAAAGUUCUACAGGUGCUCAGUGAACUCAGAAGUACAAGGAGAGUCGUACAGAAAUAAACGGAAUAUUUUGGCCCGAGAUGAUAAACAGCAUGAGCCCUGGGAGCAAGGGACGAGGGAAGAGAGAAGACGGUGCAGGAGUAGGAGGAAGCUCACGAAGACCCGUUGCUGCUCCUCCUCCACCUCCCUGCAGCAGCGUGUCGAGUCCCUACAGCGUCAUGUUUAUAUACUGCAAAGUGCCAGGAAAGAUGCUUUGCUUUCUGCCAAAGAGCUACAAACUGUCAAUGAGAAGAUGUCGGCACAGCUCAGCUCUCUCACAGAAAAACUCAGCGGCAGCAAACAAGUCAUACAGAAACUGACCUCUGACCUAGCUGGCGUGGUGCAACAAAAAAAGGUUCUUGAGAUGGAGCUGGAGCAGUGGAGGCAAAGCACUUUCCCCCAGCAACCUGCACCACCUGCACCACCACCAGCAGUACCUGUAAACACAGAGUGCUCCUGCCAGGGCAGAACCAAAUCCCCUCCCACUGACUCUGCCCUCCAGGCCCUCGAGGCUGAGGUCAAACAACUUCAAACAAAACUUAAGAAUGCGAGCGCAGAGGUCACGAAGCAGGUGGCAGCCAACAAAGCCCUACGAGGCCAAGUCCAGGAGAAAGACGACGCACUGCACCAGCUACAGGACAAGUUAAGUCAUGUGGAGCGUGACGUGAAUAUGAAGAGGCAGCUCGUGGAAGACUUGAAAACUAGACUUAAGUUUUUGCAGGAAAUGGAGAAAAGCUAUAGAGGACAAUUGGAAGAUCUGGAGAAGAAGGUAAAAACUCUAUCAGAAGAAGCCACCAAUAGGAAGGCCCUCAUCGACUCUCUGAAGAGAAGACUGAACGUGGCGACCACAGAGAAAAAACAGCGUGAAGCAUCUUGUACAAAACUAACAGAAGACCUGGAGAAAAAGGAUCAGCAGAUACGUUCUCUACAGGCUCGCAUUGGAUCCAGUGAGCAGGCGUUAGAAGCACUGGAACAGACCGCUACCAAGCAAAUGGAGGGUUUGACCCAGAAGAGUUCCAAUGCCUUGGACAGACUGCAGAGACAGCUAGGCAUUGCUUACUCUCAGCUGGAGCAGCUUCACUCUUUUAUCAAGGACCUGGCCAGUGAAAUACUUCUAGAUGUUAAGGAGGUCAAGCAGCAGUUGAUGAAGAGGAGGAGGUUGAUGCAGACCAACACUGGGGCAGUUAAGGGCAACCUCUCAGCCAAGUCCAUGAUCAAGGCCAAGUCCAUUGCAGCCUCAAUUCUCAAUAUGUCGGAGAAUGAUCUUGCAGAUAUGCUGGACACUGAUCAGGGUGCAGAGGUUCGAACAGUGAGUCCAGCAGACCAGGAGUGGAUGGACCAGUUGAAACACAUCCUGCAGCAAAAGAUCCCCUCUGCCAGCCAGCUAAUGGAGACGGUGCAUGUGAAGAUGAAGGAGAGGAAAGUGCUGACAGAAGAGCUGGCCAUGCUCACAACACCAGUCAGCGAAAAAGCGUGACUCCCUGGGCUGAGGCUGGGAAAACGGUCAUCUUUGUCUUUUCUCCCUCCCUCCUUCCUUCCUCCUUCCCUCCCUCCCUCCUUCCUUCCUCUCUUCUUUACUAAGUUCUUAAGCAGUGGGCCGAGCUAAGCUGACCCGGGGCAACAGAACCGAUGUUUGUGAGGAAAGUUCUCUGGACUCACUCCGAGCCACUAUAGCAGCACAGCAGCCUGGCUUCUGUAAGUGAGGCCCUGACAUCUGCACUGGUCCUCAGUGCAUUGUCUGUCAGACUGGGCCGGACUAAUUUGAAAUGCAGCCACUCUCCCUCACUGGGAGCACAGACCCGAGGUGAGGAGGCGAAUGCUUACAGUAAUGUUUAUGGUCGACAUUUUUACUCUCGUUUCCCCAAAUUUAUCUAGCAAAUUAAGUAUUUGUAAGUUCAGGGAAAAGAACCAGCAAUGCUAAGUUAACACUUUGAGAGAGUCCAGUGCAAAGUAUUUACUGCAAGAUCUAAUACUGUAAUUAGUCCUGAGUCUCUGCUCCCUGAGAACUUCAUCAAUAAUUGGACCUGGGUAUUUAUUUCUGAUGUAAAUAAAAAUCACCAAAGAACUUUUUAAAGUCGCCUUUAAAAGAUGUUUGUUGUUGAUAAUUUAAUACUCGAUUUCCACACAUUUUGUUUUUACAUUAAAAUGUUUUUACAUUAAACCAGUUUUUUUUCACCUGGGAUUCAAAUCGGGCCACCUUAAAUGUCUAGUAAUUGAUAAUAAAAAAAAGAAAAAAAUUGAAUUUUUUUAUCUAAU